UAUUCGCCGAUCCGAUCCGGCUCACUAGGGGGAGAAGGGGGAGAUCCUUCGCAAGAGCUCUAUUCGGCUGCUGGGAAAUGCGAGCUCUGAAGUAGAGAGGAGCAAGGCCUUGGAAGCCUGGCGAGCUGGUUGGUUUCAGCCCCAAACCUUUUCCGGCGGCGGAGACGACUGGCUGUUCAGUCGAGGAGGUUUCUGAAAUCCAGUCCGGCUUGCGCUCUCGCUUUCGGUGUUUUUCAGUGCCGUCUGUUAGGAUAGUAUAGAAAGCCUCUUGGUGUCUCAAUUGACACCGUCCUGGGUAAGCUCCAGGACUUGGCUUUCAGUCUAGCUCGCUCCUCGGGUUUUAUGAAAUGAUCACGAUGCGUGUACACAGUACUGCAUGUCCCUGGUGAUGGUUCAGUGGCGGCUAGGUAAAUGUAGAGAAGGUAGUUUAGAUUUUGCCAUUGAUUGAACGUAUGCUGGAAAGGGAAUACUCUCUAACGACGGGCAUUCUGGGUUAAUAUGUCUGCGUGAGAUGUGUUCGUUAUAGUCACUUAAUUCUUUUGUGGGUGUGUACUUAAAAUGUAGUUUGGACUGGCUUGUAAUUGUAGAGCUUUAAGGCGAGAGCGUUGCAACAUGCUAAACCAAAUGCUAAUCACCAUAAUUUUCCUUAGCAUGUUGUAUGAACCCAGGCCUUGUGCUUUGACAGCCAUAGUGUGUGCUUUGCUGGUUUAUAUGAACUCCCGUAAACAAUAAUAAUGUCAAUGUAAGUGGCGUUUGACUACCAUGCCAACAAUAAUAGUUGGGUCUGAGCUCCAGCCUUUGGGGGAGGGGUUGGGAUAAAGACUUGGAUUAAUCAGCCUGACAUUGAGAUUUUGUAUUACAUGAUGAGCUGCACCAUGUCUUGUGCUGGCAGAUGUCUGCUCACUGAUCUAAUACCUGAUAUGACAAGGUGAGGGUCGUGUAGGUGUCACGUUCACCACCACCUACCAUGGCAAUGAGGGAGUUGGUGGAGCCAGAGUGUGGGGGCUCUAAUCCUCUGAUGAAGCUGGCUAGCCACUUCACUCAGGACAAGGGCCUGCAACAAGAAGGACUCCAGGGCUCCCUAGUGUGGCCUCCCACUGGUCCAGUAGCAGAUGUGGUGCCCAAACCUCUUGGAAGAGCCACUGAAGAUGAUCUGGUGGCGGAGUUCCUUCAAGAGCAGAAUGGCCCCAUGCUCUCCCGCGGCCCACAAACAUUCAAGAUGGAUGAUCUGUUGGCUGAGAUGCAGGAAAUUGAACAAUCUAAUUUCCGACAAGCCCCACAGAGAGCUCCAGGGGUAGCAGCGCUAGCUCUCUCGGAGAACUGGGCACAGGACUUCCUUGGUACAUCUGUUAAUGCAGUUGACGUUUCCGCAGAUUAUGAUGAUGCCGAUUGGUCCCAGGAGUUCAUUGCCGAGGUGACGGAUCCAUUAUCCGUAUCUCCUGCCAAGUGGGCAGAAGAGUAUUUGGAGCAGUCAGAGGAGAAGCUGUGGCUGGGUGAAUCAGAAGAUCAGACCUCGGCUGAUAAAUGGUAUGAGGAAUACCAGCCUGAAGACGAUCUGAAAAAAACAGCUAAUGAUUUUCUUUCAAAAGUGGAUGAUCCCAAGCUGAAUGAUUCUGAGUUCCUAAAAUUUGUUCGCCAGAUUGGAGAUGGGAGGGUAUCCAUCGAGGCCAAUCGGGUGACCAUUAAUCCCAGGGACCAGGAUAAGGCAGAGCAAUGGGCAACUGAGUUUAUUCAGCAGCAGGAUACAUCUGAAGCCUGGGUAGAUCAGUUUGCACACACUGGAAAUGCGCUGGACCUGGAUCCAGAAUUUGAGCAGGCCAAGACUGCCGUGGAGUCAGAUGUGGAUUUUUGGGACAAAUUGCAGGCUGAGUGGGAAGAGAUGGCUAAGCGAGAUGCAGAGGCUCAUCCUUGGCUGUCAGAGUAUGACGAUCUUGCCAGCUCCACUUAUGACAAGGGAUACCAGUUUGAAGAAGAUAACCCUGUACGGGACCACCCGCAGGCUUUUGAGGAGGGGCUGAAAUGUCUGGAGGAGGGGCAUCUCCCCAACGCUGUCUUAUUCUUUGAGGCUGCUGUGCAACAAAAGCCUAACCAUAUGGAGGCUUGGCAGUACCUGGGAACCACCCAAGCUGAGAAUGAACAAGAGCUUGCUGCAAUAAGUGCCCUCCGACAGUGCCUGGAGUUGCAGCCCGGAAACCUCACUGCACUCAUGGCUUUAGCUGUCAGUUUUACCAAUGAAUCGCUGCAGAAGCAGGCAUGUGAAACCUUGCGCGACUGGUUGCACCACAAACCGGCCUACGCUCAUCUGAUGGGAAAAGAACCCGAAGGGGAGAAUUCUAGCCCAGGUCUGGGGUCGUCCAAACGUAUUCUGGGUUCCCUCCUAACUGACUCACUUUUUCACGAGGUGAAGGAAUUGUUCUUGGCAGCUGUCCGUAGCAACCCCGAUGUGGUGGACCCUGAUUUGCAGUGUGGUCUGGGUGUUCUCUUCAACCUGAGUGGCGAGUAUGAGAAAGCUGUGGAUUGCUUCACUGCUGCCCUGAGCUUACGGCCAAAUGAUCAUCUCCUUUGGAACAAGUUGGGAGCUACCUUAGCCAACGGGAACCGGAGUGAGGAAGCUGUAGCUGCUUACCGGCAGGCACUAGAACUGCAGCCGGGCUAUAUACGUUCUCGCUACAACCUAGGCAUUAGUUGUAUCAACUUAGGGGCCCAUAGAGAGGCUAUAGAACACUUCUUGGAAGCCUUGCAGAUGCAGCAGAAGAGUCGCGGGCCACGAGGCCAACAGGGAGCCAUGUCUGACAACAUCUGGAGCACCCUCCGAAUGGCCCUCUCCAUGCUGGGCCACAGCAACCUCUAUGAAGCGGCAGAUGCCCAUGACCUCCCUACUCUCCUACAGGCUUUUGCUAUUCAGCAGUGACUCACUGAUGGGCUCCCUUGUGAAUGCAGGAGGGGCCCUCCCCCAUACCAGUCCCUUCUUUCUCUUCCCAACCAGACAAACAUGGCCGAGUCAGGGACAUUUCUGUCUUAAUUCUCAAGCUGUCCCUGAAAACAACCUAUACACCUAUUUUCAGUCUCCUUUUUUGGGCAGGUCGCUGGUUUACAUGUUGUGCUGGAUCAUAUUUCUGUAAAAUUAAGCUUCCUUCACCUAUGCAAAUCCAGCAAGGAAUGGUACCUAUUGUGUGCCUGUCCCAGCCUGCAAAAUUUAGUUUAGCAAACAAACAAACAAACAAACAAAAAAAAGCCCUUUGAGCAGAAAAGUAUUUAGAUUUCCCUGAAGUGGUGUCUUCUAGGCACAGAUUUAGAAGUAGUGGGCUUUUUUUCUUAUAGGUCAGUCUCUGUGAUACAAGGAAAGGAAUUCUGGCCCUUGAAGACGGACGUUAGUUUUGCCUGCUAAAUCUCUCGCGGAGUAUUUAUGCUGGUGUUCUUUGCACAUCCGGUUAAGAUGGUUUAGUUGAAAAGCCCUUUUGCAAAAGAAUGAAUCAAAAUAUGAAUUUUGGACUCUGGACUUGAAUAGUGCUGCUAAUGUUAAAGGGACAACAGAAAGGGAAUGAGCACUGCUUAUGAAGUAGCAACGUAGCCGAUGUCACCACCCCAGAGAUGGGAAAGGAGCAGCCGUGUAUUUAUUAAAGUAAGAAUGUAUCUGGGAAGCGGCAGACUUGGCAGUUAUCAGAAACACAAAGUGUGGGCCAAGAACUUUCCUUAAUUACCCCUCUGCCAUUUUGGUUCCUCAUAAAUAAAGUGGGUGGGCUAUCUCUCUUCAUCAGGCUUUUCCCUUUGGUGUAAUUGGCUCUUUAUAAAUAUAUGUAUAUGAUUUUUGUUGGGAAAAUGUUUUUAAAUUGUAAAGUAUUUUGUAUAAUAGAAAGUGAAAGAAUAAAACCUGCCAAAUUAAGCUGUCAGGUUUUCAUUUUGUUCAUUGUUUACCAGAAAGCAUUGGGGACCAUCAUCCAACCACUAUCACUGUUAACUUGCAUAUAUUUGAAAAAUCUCCCUUUCCAUUAUAUUACAAUUCACGCUUUUUGCACAACUUAGAGCUAGGUUUCUGAGGUGUUUCACUCAUUUCUGACAUAAUUGGCCUCCUCAGUCAUUCUUUGGUUUAGGCAAACUUUAUUAAUAUUACAGGUGGUGAAAGCUGUGAGUUGCUAAAAUUACAGGCCCAAGGCCAUCUAGGGGAGAUUGGAAGGUAUUCAUUUAGAAUGCCUUAUAAAACCAGUCCUUUCAGAGCUUUUAUCAUGCACUUUAUUGUAUUUGAGGUCUCCUUUAAAAAGGGAAUAAAGCUCAAGAAACAGCUAUUAAACAAUUCUAGAGGAUUUUUCUAGACCCAAAAAUGAAAAAGGCUGCUAGGUUAUCUUUCAUCUUGGCCUUCUUUUUCCUUUGAUUUAUGAUUUUGCAUGAUGAAUAAACUCAGCCAGUA